AUGUCUGCAACUGAGGUACCUUCUUCAGCGCAAGCCUUCCAAGAGCAAUUCCUUGGCAGUUUUGUCUCUAGAAAGCUGCUUCUGCACAACCCAUUUGACCACAACACUCAACGAGCCUUUGCGGUUGCACCAUCUCCUCUCAUAAACCAUGAGAAAAACCUCAGUGGGAACGUCCUGAUGCUUCUCUCAGUCCUCAUUUGUGGCAUCAUCUGCUGCCUCGGGCUGCAUUACAUCAUCCGUUGUGGAUCCAGACGUUCUGCACGUUUCAUGAUCUCUGAGCCUAUAUCCAGUCUUCCAACAACACGGGGUUCAUCAAACAAAGGAAUCAAGAAGAAAGCUCUUAGAAUGUUCCCAGUUGUGAGCUACUCACCUGAGAUGAACCUGCCGGGAAUUGACGAAGAGUGUGUCAUAUGUUUGUCGGAUUUUGUUUCCGGUGAACAGCUCAGGCUACUCCCCAAGUGCAACCACGGGUUCCAUGUUCGUUGCAUAGACAAGUGGCUUCAACAUCAUUUAACAUGUCCGAAAUGCAGACACUGUCUGGUUGAGACAUGCCAAAAGAUAUUAGGUGACUUCAGCCAAGCUGAUCAAGUGGUAGCAGCUCCAACUGAGAGCGUAGUUGUCAGGAUUGCUCCACUAGAACCUGAAGGAAGAGUAAAUACUUUUAGAUAAAUCAUCUAGGUGCCAAGAAAGUCAGAAACCAUCAAAUUCAGAAUUUGUGCUCCAGUUAGACAGAAGGUUUUAAAUCUGAGGACAAUUCAUGUCUUUAGCCAUAGAGGGUUCCAAAGGAGAAAGAAAAAAAAAAAACCAAUGAUACUUCUAAUUUUUUUAUGUCUUUCUUUUUAGCCUGUAGCACAGUGUAUAUAGAGAGAAUUUGUCUCACUU